GGCCCGUGUAAUUCUAUUUUAUCACCGACAGGUCCAUCAUAUCAUUCAAAACUAGAUGCACAUUUUGCAAUUCCAGUGAAACCCACAGCAUUUCUGAUGCAGUCUCGAAAAGACUCCUAUAGCCAACAACCCAUCCUGUUUUAUAGAGGUUUAAGUUGACAUGGUCUCACUAUUAUUUUCCAACCCCAAGGCAAACAAUGUUAGAGGAAAUUUCCCCCCUGUCCUUCACGUUCGUGACUGUUAUUUUUCUGUCUAUCGCUAUAUCCAAAUACCUGAGGAGGCCUGAUGUCGACAGUAUUCCAACAGUUGGCCCUGGUGGCCUGCUCACAUCGUACUGGGGGGCUUUGAAGUUCAUAUUCUGUGCCCGCGAAAUGUUGCAGGAAGGAUACGCAAACCAUAAGGGCAUGGCAUUCAAGAUUCCGGGCUUGUUCUGCUGGAAUGUCUUCCUGAGCGGCCACAAGCUCGUUGAGGAGAUGCGGAAAGCCCCAGAAGAUCAUAUAUCUGUUGUUGAAAGAACUAGCGAUAUUUUGAAACCCAAAUAUACCUUAGGCCCUGAGAUAAUUCACAACCCGUAUCAUACCCCAAUCAUCCUACAUCAGCUUACUCGGAGCAUUGCUGCUAAAUUCCCGGACAUGCUAGACGAAAUCCAGACUUCCUUUGAUGAUAAUAUUCAGUUGAAUGGCAACGAAUGGACAAGUGUGCCUGCCUUUGGCACCGUCGUAAAAGCUAUGUGUCGAACGAGCAAUAGAGUCUUAGUUGGCCUCCCAUUAUGUCGCGAUCCUGAUUGGAACGACUUGGCCACUGGAUUUGCCCUCAGUGUGAUCAAGACGGCUAUCAUAAUUGAUCUAUUUCCUAACUUCAUGGCUCCUGUGGUAGGUACACUCCUUUCAAGCUUGCCUCGAUCAAUGCGGCGCGGAAUGAAGCAUCUACGACCUAUAAUAGAGGAACGUCAGAAGAAUCUGGAUGAAUAUGGGAGUGACUGGGACGAAAAACCGAGUGACCUGUUGUCAUGGCUUAUGGACGAAGCACAAGGAGAAGAGCGUUCAGCAGAGAACCUCGUCAAGCGUAUGCUAGCAAUUAAUUUCACCGCAAUCCAUUCAUCGUCCAUGAUGUUUACACAAGCGUUAUAUCAUUUAGCUGAAAACCCUCAAUACGUUAAACCACUACGCGAAGAAGUGGAAACCAUCGUAGAAGAAGAAGGCUGGUCAAAGGCUGCGUUGACAAAAAUGCGAAAAGUGGACAGUUUCAUGAAGGAAACGCUACGGUUUGACAACUUUGCUUUCUUAUCUUUGCCCCGCAAGGCUUUGAAAGAUUUCACAUUUUCCAAUGGAAUUGUCGUACCAGCUGGUUGUACAGUGUCUGUUGCAUCGAUGCCUACACACUACGACAGCGAGAUAUAUGAAAAUGCUGACGUAUUCAAUCCGUUUCGAUUUGCCAAUGAGAAGCAAGAGGGAGAACAAGCUUGGCACCAGAUGGUUUCCACUAAUGCGGAUUAUCUACCUUUCGGACAUGGUCGAGGUUCUUGUCCUGGACGCUUUUUCGCGGCAAGUGAGCUGAAGACGAUGCUAGCUCACAUCGUUGUAACAUACGAUAUCAAGUUUGAAGACGGGGCUGUGCGGCCAACCAAUAUAACGUUCGGUCCGGCCAGUACGCCAAAUAUGAAAGCAAAGCUCUUGUUCAGGAAACGUGUGGUUGAGUAGGAAUUUCAUACUAGGAUGGAUAGAUAGAGAUAUAGUUAGAGGUGUAUUAUUCUGUAACUUGUAAGAGGCGGGCCUCGGUCACGGUGUAAAUAUAACAGUAGCACCGCUUAAACCUAUAAAUUUGUAAGGCGUUACCGCCACAAUUCAUGUUGCAUUUGCAUCCUA